AUGGCUUUCAACGCCGAUGAGUCGCCCUUCUUCCUCGAAGCUGCCAGGUCCGGCAAGCUCGUCGUCAGAGACCAACCCAAGUUCGAUCUCGAGAGCUACAUCGCCAACUACCUAGGACGGACACGUCUGGAGCGCCUCUACAUGAUCGGUUCGACCUCCACCUACCUCGCCAUCGACGCCCUCCACGCCGCCGUCGCCGAAGCCAAGCAAGGCAAGGAUGUGAGCCUCUAUACUCACGUCACCGAGCGCCUGCAUGCAAUCUCCCCCGACGACCCUCUGGGCAUCCCCGACAUCGAAUGGUGCGAGCGCAAGACCAAGGAAGUGAAGGCCGAGAGCGAGAACCUGGAACACCAGCUCAAGGGCUACAAGAACAACCUGAUCAAGGAAAGCAUUCGCAUGGGACACGAUGACUUGGGCCGCUUCUUCACCAGCAUCGGUGACCACGGCAACGCCAUCAAGUGCUACGGCCGCGAGCGCGACUUCUGCACCAACACCCAGCACAUUGCCGACAUGUCGCUCAAGCUCAUCUACUCUGGCAUCCAGCAGCGCAGCUGGACCACCGUCCAGACCAAUGUCUCCAAGAUCCAGCCCAUGUCCCUCAAGCCCGAGGAAAAGGCCAAACUCGAUCCCAUCGGCUCUGCCGUCCUGGGCCUCAGUCACAUGGUCAGCGGCAACUAUCGCGAAGCCGCUUCCUAUCUCCUUGGCGUCAACCCGUCUUUUGUGACCAACGAUGGGCAGGCUGGCAUUGUCUGGCAGAAACAGGUGCUCACUGGCAAUGACAUUGCCGUUUAUGGCGGCCUAUGCGCCCUCGCUUCGAUGGACCGCUCCGAGCUGCAGCGCUUGGUCCUGGACAACAACGAGUUCCGCCAAUUUCUUGAGCUUGAGCCUCACAUCCGCCGUGCCAUUUCGAUGUUCUGCAGCAGCAAGUACACGCAGUGCUUGGAGGUCCUAGAGGCGUACCGUACCGACUACCUACUUGAUCUCUACCUUAGCGCGCACGUCAAGGAGCUGUAUGGUCGCGUUCGCAGCAAGAGCAUUGUGCAGUACUUUAUCCCGUUCAGCUGCGUCACCCUCGGCGAAAUGGCCAAGGCGUUCCCGCCGCUUCCCGGCGUCGCUAUCGAGGACGAGUUGAUUGAGAUGAUCCAACGCGGCAUCCUCGAUGCGCGUAUCGACCUCGUGGAAAUGCUCCUCAUCUCACCACCCACCAACCCGCGCCACGCCGUGCACACACAAGCCCUCACCAUGGCGCAAGAAUACGAGCACACGCUGCGCGCACGCCUCGUGCGCAUGUCCAUGGUGAACGAAGGCCUCUACAUCAAGGCACCACGCAGCGGUGGUGGUGGUGGCGGCGGCAGCGGCCACGGGCACAGCCAAAGCCAGAACCAGAGCCACGGCCACCACUCGUCCGGCGGCCAACCCCUGGGCUCCCAGCAGCCGAUGUCGGCAGCGCAGACGAUUGAGCCCUUUGCUCCUUCAGCGUAA